GAGAGGAAGGCACCUCCGUCGAAAUGGGAGGAGAACGACUUGACGGCAAGGACAGGUGAUACUCUGGCAGGAAAUCUGCCCAUUUAUCGCUUUGUGAUGGUGGAGAGAGAGGUUGAUGACGUGGCAUUCAUGCGGAUGGCUUUUGAGGAGGCAAAGAAGGGCGCUCAGGAGGGCGGCAUCCCAAUUGGAGCUGUGCUCGUCUUGCUCGAAGACCCACCCAAAGUGCUGGGCCGCGGACACAAUCAAAGGUGACAGUCAUGGCCGCACCGACGUCGACUUCACUCACUCAUCGUCGCGUGUGUGUGUGUCUAUCUGACUGCAGGGUGCAGAAGCGGUCAGCAACGCUCCACGCAGGUCAGUUGGAAUGAUGGCAUCGGAAUGAUGCAUAUCACCGGCCGCCUCAUUCACUUCCGUGUUUGCCGCGCAUCGCAUGCGCUCUCUGUCUCGUUUUGCUUGGCAGAGAUGGACUGCGUCGAGAACGCCGGCCGCCUGGUCGGCAGCGUGUACAAGAAUACUUGCCUGUAUACCACUCUCUCGCCGUGCGACAUGUGCACCGGGUGCAUCCUCUUGUACGGCAUUCCGAGGGUGGUGAUCGGCGAGAACCACUCGUUCAGGGGCAAGGGUGAGGAGCUGCUGCGGUCGAGAGGAGUGGAGGUGGUGGUGCUUGACGACGCUGAGAUACGGGGGUACUUCUGUGAGUGGAUAAGGCGGAAUGAGGGGCUCUGGAACGAGGAUAUCGGCGUGUGAGUGCCGGCCGCCCAGCCGGCCGGCCAUCGAUCCGGCCACUCCG